GCAGGUGGAGCUUAUAGGAGCUGGGGGUGGGGCCCUAAGAACUUUGGCUGCCUGGCUCUCAGCCCAGCCACCCGCCCCCAGUUCUCCAAUAACUGGGCACAAAUGCUUCCUGCCUGGGGCCUCCAGGCCGGCAAAUACAGCGGGUAGGAGUGGACACAUCAGGCCUGUGCCUAGUGAAGCCCAGCCACGUCCCAGCAGGUGAAGGGACCUUCCUUCUAAAGACAUCAAGGAAAAUUGUCUCCUCUGAGAGAAAAGUGGAGAGCGCAACACACCCUCCAAGAAAGUUCCAGAAGCAGGACUGAGGUUCCAAGUGGAACAAAAAUUUAGCUGAAAGUGUCCUAGAGCUUGGCUUCUGGGUACAGGUGGGAGACAGCCGACACUACCACCCAGCUACCUCUUCACGAGCAGCCCUCUGCCUCAGACUUCUCAGGACCUGGGAGCUCUGUGUCUGGUGAACUCCUGCCCUACACCAGGAUGUGCUCCCUGCCUGUCUCCCGGCAGCCCCUGCGCCGAGUGGCUGUGACUGGGGGCACCCACGGGAAUGAGAUGUGUGGUGUCUACCUGGUCAAGCACUGGCUGCAGGCUCCAGGGGAGCUGCAGAGACCCAGCUUCUCAGCCAUGCCAGUUCUGGCCAACCCAGCAGCCACAGCUGCCUGUCGCCGUUACCUGGGCUGUGAUCUCAACCGCGCUUGCACCCUCACCUUCCUCAAUUCCACAGCCACUCCUAAUGACCCAUAUGAGGUGACAAGAGCCCGAGAGCUGAACCAGCUACUGGGUCCCAAGGGCACAGACCAGGCUUUCGACUUUAUCCUGGACCUGCACAACACCACGGCCAACACUGGGGUCUGCCUCAUCUCUGAAGCCUCCCACAGCUCCUUCAACCUGCACCUGUGCCGCUACCUACAGCUGCAGAACCCGGGGCUGCCCUGCCGCCUCUUGCAGUAUGAGCCACCCGGAGCAGAGACCUACAGCGUGGAAUCUGUGUCCAAGAAUGGAAUCGGUCUAGAGCUGGGCCCCCAGCCUCAGGGCGUGCUGCUGGCCGACCUGUUCUCACAGAUGAGAACUCUGGUGGCCUCCACUCUGGACUUCAUUGAACUCUUCAACCAAGGCAAGGCCUUUCCGGCCUUUGAGAUAGACAUCUACAGGAUCUUGGGUAGAGUGGACUUCCCACGCACAGCGGACGGCGACCUGGCUGGCACUGUGCACCCUCAGCUCCAGGACCAUGACUUUGAGCCACUGAGGCCCGGUGAACCCAUCUUCAAGCUGUUCAGUGGUGAGGACGUGCUAUACGAGGGGAACUCCACUGUGUACCCCGUGUUCAUUAAUGAGGCUGCCUACUACGAGAAACACGUGGCUUUCAUGAAAUCUGAGAGGAUCCGGGUCUCUGUGCCUGCCCUGCCCGAACUGACCUCCAGCUCCACCCUGGCUCCCUAACCCAAGUCAUACCUGCCUGGUCUCAGUUUCCAUAUCUGAGGAUAAGGAACAUUUCCAAGCCCAGGGUCCUCUGUCCUACUCUGGGCACCAUGCCCCUUGUCAGACAACCAAUCCCAUGAUAUAAAAUAAAAUGUAAAAUAAAAUAAAAGAACCAUGGUUC